AUGCUACCCUCUGCGUCUGAGCUUGUUGCUCAAUAUCUUAGGACGAACGGCUACACCGAGACCUUGAAGAGUUUCGUCAAAGAAGCUGACUUGCCACCCGAUACUGGUACCGGUUCGAACAGCUCGGUGACUAUAGAGACGAUACUUCACGAGAAGAAAACAUUUGAUCUCAGUCUCAGUUUUGAGAAGCUUGGUGUCGAGGAUGCAAAUCGCGCGUGGGCUGUUCCAGCACCAUCAAAACCCACAGUUUUCGAAUCACUGCCUAGUCGCUCUAAUAUCUUGAGCGUGGCUGUCUUCGACCUGCUGCUUCCUUCUGCCACAACUGUUAAACAGUACAUCGCCGUCACCACAGCUGACCGGCGACUACACCUCUUGAACCCGGCUUCACCAAGCUUUGAGCUUGCCCAUUCGUAUACCAGCUUCCAAGACUCUCCAGUAUUGGACAUCAUCACUAUAGGCUGGCAAUAUAUGAUGAUCGCCUCGAUGUCCGGAAAAUUGCUACUGUACGACACCGCAAGCGACAAAAUCCUGGACGAAAGGAAGGAUCAUUCCAAAUAUGUCGUCAAAAUAGCCAGCUGGUCCGACAAUGAUUCUGUUCUGGUAGCAAGCGCCGGAUGGGACUCUAAGGUGUUUCUCUAUCGGAUCCACAUUGGUGGAGAUGCCUUACGCAUUGGCGAGCCUUUGGCCACCCUCACGCUUGCAAGCAUCCCGGAAACCCUACUUUUCGUGAAGUCUCCUGAAGAUGACUCUCCAAUACUUCUGGUUGCUCGCAGAGAUUCUACAUUCCUGUAUUACUAUUCGGUUCCUUGUCUAAAUGCUUCAGCGUUCAACCUCCUCGGGAAGCAGAACUUGGCUCCACACUCCAACGCAUGGGUGGCCUUUACUCCGGCGGACGUCCAAAUCUGUCCCACUGAUCCGUCUGUGGUAGCCGUUGCGACUUCAUCGACGCCACAUAUGAAGAUACUGAUACUGAAGCUUUUACUUCCGCCAACGAAACCUGCGAUACCCGAUGAUGUUACUAGUUCAGAAACAACCGAACCGGCUGCUGUCACACAAGCCUCACAGGCACGUGCUGAGCUCCUGAUUGCAGAUAGAGAGGAGGCAGCCAUAUUGGUGAACGUGUCAACUAUGGCACCUCAAACUGCUUAUUCCACCCCACGGUUGACUUGGCGACCUGACGGCUCAGGUCUGUAUGUCAGCUCAGAUGAUGGUGUCAUUCGCGGUGUCGAGACGAAUAGUGGAAAGCUUGUUGCAUCUUUGGAGGGACAUGAGCCCGGAAGCAAACUGCGGUGCCUCUGGGCUGGAACCCUCAAAGCACCGAGUGAUGAAGCUGCCAGUUCAACGAGUGAUCACGAGGUUUUGAUCAGUGGUGGUUUUGACCAGAGGUUGAUACUAUGGGGUCGCUAG